AUGGCCAAAAAACAAGCUGAAGAAUAUUUGGCCGUAUUGAAAAAACGUCUUUAUAUAAAGCGAUUGCCAACUUCAUACAAUAUUCUCGAUCAUUCGAUUGAUAAUAUCGAAAGAAUGGUUCAAAAGAUGAUUGCUCAAUUUAAAUAUGAUUUAAUAUUGUUAGAAAUUAGCACAAAUGAACACAUAGCUCGAAGUCAUACAAAUAUGAUUGCUUAUGAAAAGAAAAAGUUAACUGAUUCUGCCGGUGAUCAAAAUCCAUUACCAAAAUCAUUGGUUUCUAUUUUGAAUGCUAUUUCCACACGUCAAUCAAAUAUUAUUAAACGUGCUGAACUAAUUACUAAACAUAAGGUGUCUUUUUUUGACGAAGCUCCGGUGAAACCUAGUCAUAUUCGUUUAUCGACACCAAUCAUUGAAGUAACCCCAUUUUCUUCAUUUAAUUGUAUUGAAUUUCUGGCUAAUGGUCCACCUUUUAUUCCCAUUUGUCAAAGCCAUUUCUCGAAUGUACCAAUUGAUAUUCGAAUUGUAAAAGAGCGUGAAACACUUGUUAAUUCAUUUAAAAAUGGCCUUCAUGUUAACUGUGUCUCAGCUUCUGAUCAACGAGCCAAUGAAUUUUUUGCUGCCAUCAAAGAUCUAUUUUAUCAAUCGUAUACAAAACCAUUAUCUCCUGAAUUGUUCGCUCGUGCUCGAUAUGAACAAAAAAUGAUAGAAACCAUUAAGCAUAUUCGAAAUAAACAUAACAUUAUUAUACAAAGAUCAGAUAAGAGCAAAGUAUUUCAUUUAGCUAGUGCUAUUAGUUAUCAUGAUAAAUCAGUUGCAUAUAUGGCAAANUCCGACUUUGGACUAGUCCAAUGUGGAAUUCCACUUUCGCCUAGGCGGAUCUUAGAUUGGCCUGAAUCUCACAUUGGACGCCAACAUAUUCAAACAGCUAAUACUUUAGCACCUUGGUUUCCAGUAAGAACUUAUUGA